GACGUGGGAGCAGCAGCACUUUACUCUUUACACGGACACCCCACCCCACCUUCUCACUGCCCCGGCGCCCACCCUUUUCGACCUUCUUUGGCAGCAGCUCGAGCUGCUGGUCGCCGUGGCCCAGCUUGCCAGAGCCUCCCUCGCCCCAGCUCCAGACGGCGCCGUCGGCGGUGAGGGCGAUGUUGUGGUCACCUCCUGCCAACACAGCGACGACGCGCCGCGCAGUCAAUGGACAAUGCCUCGACCUUCUUGGGCAGAGGCUGGCCCUGCCAGUCGCCGUGGCCCAGCUUGCCAGAGGAGCCAUCGCCCCAGCUCCAUACACCGCCGUCGGCGGUGAGGGCGAGGCUGUCGCCUCCAAAAAAUGGACUGCUGGGGCUGCCGCACCGCCUCGGCGCGCUUCUGCGCCGCCUGCGUGCAGCAAGCGACAAGCAUAACAGAGUUUGCCGCGGAGAACCGCCGUCUCGUGAGCAUCAUGGCCGAAGGGCUCGACGAGAGAGCGCGCGCUCUCGCGCAGGCCGAGGCGCGGCUCUCUCACGCGAGGACGGUGGCGAAGCUCGCGGCGGAGCUGGCGACGGUGCGGCGCGAGGCGGACCAGCAGGCUGUCAUUGUCAAGGAGCUGCGCCACUCGGUGCGCCGCGCCUCGUCGCGCUUCUCGCGCGCCAAGGCGGCGGCGGGCAGAGGCGACGGCGAGGCGGCGGCGGGCCACUGCGUUGGCACGGCCGGCGGGGCCGGGCGCGUUUGGUAUUGCUAAAAAAAAAUCUCUCUCUUUUC